AUGAACUCUCCACGAGCGGCAAUGCGCAUUCUGCGACGGGUUGGCGCGCCCGCGACACGCCGAUGCUUCUCCCAGUUCACUGGCUCCGGUUCGGGGGCACCUUUGCGGCCCAUGGGCAACAUCCCCAUGCCAUACAUUACAGAGGUCACAGCUGGAGGAUGGCGAACAUCCGACAUCUUCUCGAAACUACUACAAGAACGUAUAGUAUGCCUUAAUGGCGCGAUCGACGACACCACCUCAGCCGCGAUAGUUGCCCAGCUCCUCUGGCUGGAAUCCGAUAACCCCGAUAAGCCCAUCACCAUGUACAUCAACUCUCCUGGCGGCGAAGUGAGCUCCGGUCUAGCCAUCUACGAUACUAUGACAUACAUCAAGUCGCCAGUCUCAACCGUCUGCGUUGGCGCCGCCGCCUCCAUGGCCGCCGUCCUCCUCAUCGGCGGCGAGCCCGGGAAGCGGUACGUGCUGCCUCACAGCACGGUCAUGGUGCACCAACCGCUUGGCGGCACACGCGGCCAGGCAUCCGAUAUCCUCAUCUAUGCGAACCAGAUCCAGAGGAUAAGAGAGCAGAUCAACAAGAUUGUGCAGUCGCACGUCAACAAGGCGUUUGGCUACGAGAAAUACGACCUCGCGGCCAUCAGCGAUAUGAUGGAGAGAGACAAGUACCUGACGGCGGAGGAGGCGGUGGAAUUGGGCGUUGUUGACCAAAUUCUCGACAGGAGGGUGAAGGAUGAGGCGGAGAAGAAGGCCAGGGAUGGUGAGACGCCGGCGCCGCAGCCGUGA